AGGUCUACAACCAUAUAGUAUCCGGUGACUUUUCAAACUGGACCGGCCAUCUCAGUCCUGCUUACUGGCCUUGGCUUUUGGACACCCCGCUUGCUGUAUGCCCGGCUUCUGCGAGGGAAGUUGGCCGUGGAGAGCCUUAUCUUCACCUACAAAAUCCCGCUCGUCGACAACCUUAUGGAUCAGCUUCAGAGGCUCUUACGCCUUCCCCCUUGCUUCCCAUUUAUUCUGGGCCUCUUGAUAGGUCGAAUAGAAUCGACACCAGUCAUUCCAUCGUCAGGCCUCCCGAUCCCGAUUCGUCUUCAUCUCCAUCUUCAGCCCUGCUCCUCCAUUCUCAUCCAGACUUCCAUAUUCAAAAUGUUUCAACCUCGAAUAAUUCUGUCCUGGGUGCAAUUAAAGAGAAUGAGUUGACUACAAAGGUGGCAAAUUGGCGCCGAGUGCCUGGUUUAGUGGUGCAGCGACCCCAGGAAUCGCCCUGUAUUCUGUUGACCGCAAGCCAAGUUGAACUGAUGAUGGCGAGUCGUAGUUCUGGUGAUGGAGAAAAUACAAGUCUUAUGCGAAGGGGCAGAAAGGGGGAUGAUAAGGGUGAUGUAAAUUUCAUAAUGGAUCAGUUGAGAUUGGCUACAGAAUUGGAGUUUCCUAAUGUAUCUAAUUUGAUUUUAAAAGAAAAAAAAGAAAGCGAAGUGUGGGCGCAAUUGCUUGAAGAAAAAGAAGGGGACAAAUUUGGCAUGACUGUGCGAACAGAACAAGAAGAAAACCAAAAAGAAAAUAGCGAAAUUGAAAUAAAGGAGGGAGACAUUACAAAGCAAUUAGAAGUUAAAAAAGAAGAAUCAGAAGUCGAAACAACAGAGCAAGGAUACAAGGAGAAUGGUGGGGAUAUAAGAAGUCAAAAAAGAGUAGUCACAUCUUUAGAAUUCGAGAACCGUGAAGGGAUUGACGAUGUCAUGACUACAUUUCAUUUAUCAGAAGGUGAAAUUUCGUCACCAAUCACUCUCCCUUUUUGUCCUUCU